AUGUUGAGCGAAAGUAGUCUCAACAACGGAAUUGAUUACCUCUCACAGAAUUUUUUGGCACCUUGCUCUUUGGAAGCUAUGCAGUGGAUAGCUUCCAAAAUUAGUCCUCAACAGAACAAUAAUGAUAUAAUGGUGGAAAUGAUGUUGCGGAUUAUUGAAGGGAACUUCGGAGAUGCCAUGUCGACAGACAAAAGCGAACAGAUAUUCACCUCUCGAAUGAUAUUAAAUGCGAUUAGUCCUCGCUUGUUGAAAAAACUCAAGAGUUUCACUGGGGCGUCCGCCACUGAAAACAUUGAAAAACUUUCAAGCAUACUUGUGAAAGAGACCAACGUCGAGUAUUGUCAAUAUGUAGACCACCCGAAACACGAGUCAAGCUUGAUGGGCGAUACUAUGACCAAUGAUCUUUUGAAUUUUCUGAAAAAGAGCAAACUAGCAUCUACUGAAUCGAUCAGUGAGGCGUGGCUGAAAAUCAAGUACAAGUGGAGGACUUUAUCCGCAAAUGAGGCUUGCUUUACCCUUUUACAACAGAUUGAGCAUAAUUUGGGAGCCCGUGGAUCAAUGGCGUAUGAAGAUUCCAAGUUUAUUGUUGACUUCUUUAUGUUUAUGAUCACAGGCUCGAGCUCUCAAGAUGCGGGGGAUAUCAGUUCAUUGGUUGAUUGUUUAAAUUGCGCAAGACCUCCAAAAGCGCCAAUAUUUGAGGCAGGAAAACAAUUUGCACUCACAAUCAACGAUCAUCAUUCGUCUAUAUUCAACGAGAAUGCCAGCACGAGCAGUCUGAACAGUCCUCUCCAAGAAGAAAAUCCGCGGCUGCGAGAAGAACUCAUGGGAGAUUUUGAAAUGGGCGAUUUGUUUGAAGACAUGUCGGAGGGUUUUUUUGAUGAGCUGAUGACUCUUACCAAUGACCCCGCAUCCUCGAAGCCCUUUGUUGAUGUAAGCGACGUCUACAAGCAGUCAGUAAAACACUUGUCGCUUCUUUGGAGGAUAUCUGAGUGUAUGGUCUCCCCCGAGUUUCUGAAGGCCAGCAGCUUGAUUUCCAUUGCCCGUGCAAGUCUCAUAGAAGAGCUUCGCAAGUGGAGUCCCAGAUUGUGA